AUGGCGGAGAUCUCGCGGGCGGCGUCUUCCUCCAACCUGGCCGGCCUGGAAGAGGAGCUGACCUGCUCCAUCUGCCUGUGCCUCUUCGAGAGACCAGUGACGACGCCCUGCGGCCACAACUUCUGCUCGCCCUGCCUGGAGAUGAUCUGGGGCGACGGGGCGGAGACCUUUCGGUGCCCGCAGUGCCGCAGCGCCUUCGACAGCCGGCCGGAGCUGAAGCCGAACACGGUGCUCUGCCGGGUGGUGGAGCAGCUGCAGGGCACCCAAGGGGGUGACCCCUCUGCAGAGGAGCAGACGGGCUGGGGGCCCAGCAAGCCCCCUAGGGUGGCAUGUGACAGCUGCCCCCAGCAUGCCGAGGCAGCCAAGACCUGCCUCACCUGCAUGGCCUCCUUCUGCCAGGAGCACCUCAAGCCUCACCUGGACAGCCCAGCCUUCCAGGGCCACCAGUUGUGCUCACCUAUGAAGGACCUGCAGCAGAGGAAAUGCCAGGCCCACAACAAGCUGAUGGAGUUCUACUGCAAAGAGCAUGCCGCCUGCAUCUGCUGCAUCUGCCUGGUCAAGCACAAGAUGUGCACCGCCGCCCCUCUGCAAGAGGCCAAGGGGACCAAGGAGUCCCAGUUGAAGAACAGACUGACAGAACUCUACUCUCUCAAUGAGAAGGCUUCGCAGUCCUUGGAUCAAGUACGGGUGCAGCAAAAGCAAAUCAGUGAGACAGCGGCACGAAAAAUGGAAUUGUUGAGGGCAGAGUUCCAGGAAAUGAUAGCAUUAAUGAAAGAAGAAGAAAAAACGGCAAUGAGUAAGAUUGUAGCUGAGGAGAAAAGAGUUCAAGAUAAGUUUGAUUAUGUCUAUACCAUCCUGGGUCGGAAGCAAAAGGAAAUCCAGGGGGAGAGAGACCGGAUUGAAAUAAUAUUGACAGAAGAUGAUGACAUUGCAUUUUUAAAGAAUGUGGCCAAACUACGGCAAUCCUCUAUCAAAGAUGUGUUCAUCCCCAGGAUAGAUUUGGAUCAAAACUUGAUACAUACAGUUUAUCAAAAAACCUUUGGCAUUAAAGAAACUGUGAAGCAGCUUUUGGCUUUUCCCCUGGAGAUGAAAGCAGAAGGAAACAUACCCUGGAAACCCAAGCCAAUAAUCUCAAGCAUACAACCUGGAAAACAAGUUCCUGCGCAACCAGCGAAAAAGAACCCUGUGUCAAAUCCUUCAAAAGACGUUAAGUCUUCGCAGGAAUCAAAUGCAGAAGAUGCCGAAGUCACCAAGCAGAGAAGGCGACCUGCUAAACGUGCACAAAGUCCUUCCCAGAGAACACGAAGUUCAAGCAGGCCUGAGCCUGGGACUCCAUCGGGAAGUCUGGAAACCUUUUUAACCAAAUCAAGAGAGGAGCUUCUGGAAUUUGCCACCAGAUUCACUUUGGAUUACAAUUCAGCACAUAACAAGGUGAUUCUGACUGAGCAAAACACCAAAAUAUCUGUGUCAGACAAACCCCGGAAUUACCCCCCACACCGUCAGCGCUUCAUGUACUGCUCUCAAGUGCAAAGUUUCCAAUGUUUCAAGAGAGGGAUCCAUUACUGGGAAGUGGAGCUGGAGCAGAGCAACUUCUGUGGGGUUGGGGUCUGCUACGGGAGCAUGGCGAAGGACGGGUCCGAAAGCCGCCUCGGGCGCAACAGCAGCUCAUGGUGCAUAGAAUGGUUCAACGCCCAGGUUUCUGCUUGGCACAACGAUAUCGAGAAGCGCCUGCCCAACACCAAAGUGAAGAAGAUCGGGGUCCUGCUGAAUUACGAGGGUGGCUUUGUGAUUUUCUUUGGUGUCAGUCAGAAACUCAGCCUCCUCUACAAAUUCAAAGCUCAGUUCACUGAAGCCCUCUAUCCUGCGUUUUGGGUGUUCUCCAGCGGAACCACCAUCUCGCUCUGUCAGUUGAAUUGAAUGGCUCAACGGGCCAGCAUGCGCUGGCCUUGCUCAUUGGCAUGCUGAACCCGUCUCUCCUUAAUAGUAGAAUCAAGGCUUGUGCAAAGCUUUCUUGUUGUAAUCCAAACAAAAUUAUGGUUUUGAGGCUUCCUCUGCAUUUCCAGAUCCAGGGCUACUGAAAACUGUCAGCAUAACCCACCAAGGACCUCACUGUUGCAAGCUGCCCUGAAUUGUCCUUUUGAGACAAGGUGUUUCUCUAUCAGUAAUAUUUGCCCAUGGAGUUCUUGGUGUGAUAUGAAGAAGAAGCAAGCCUUUAUUGGCAUAGACAGCAGUACAACAAUAAUAAAAACAGAUUAAAAGCAUAUACAAUACAGGAUAUGCAUGUUAGGAUGAAG